GCUCUGUCGCCCUGGAGGAGCUUGCUGACAUUCUCACGACCUACUCCGGGAGCUACAAGCGGGUUAGCUUGGCUGGAGUAAGGCGUCAAGCAUGGUAGGCGGAUGAAGGCCAGCCAGUGACGGGCCUUGGCAGCCAGGCUGAGGGGCUGGGCCUUGACCCUGCAUGCCGGCUAGAGGAUGGCUUGGGAAGGGCAAGGGGGACCCUCCCGGCGCCUCCGGCGGCGGCGGCUGCGGCGGGCGCAGAGCGGAGAUGCGGCGGCUCGGGGGCACCCUGCUGUGCCUGCUGCUGGCGGCGGCGGUCCCCACGGCCCCCGCGCCGGCCCCCACAGCGACCGCGGCUCCCGUCAAGCCCGGCCCGGCUCUCAGCUACCCGCAGGAGGAGGCCACCCUCAACGAGAUGUUCCGCGAGGUUGAGGAGCUGAUGGAGGACACGCAGCACAAACUGCGCAGCGCGGUGGAGGAGAUGGAAGCAGAAGAAGCUGCUGCUAAAACAUCAGAAGUGAAUGUGGCAAGCUUACCUUCCAGCUACCACAAUGAGACCAACACGGAAACCAAGGUGGGAAAUAAUACCAUCCAUGUGCACCGAGAAAUUCACAAGGUCACCAACAACCAGACCGGACAAACGGUCUUCUCCGAGACGGUCAUCACGUCUGUGGGAGAUGAAGAAGGCAAAAGGAGCCACGAGUGCAUCAUCGACGAGGACUGCGGGCCCACCAGGUAUUGCCAGUUUGCCAGCUUCGAGUACACCUGCCAGCCUUGCCGGGACCAGCAGACCCUCUGUACCCGGGACAGUGAGUGCUGUGGAGACCAGCUGUGCGUCUGGGGUCACUGCACCAAAACAGCCUCCAAAGGCGGCAACGGGACCAUCUGUGACAAGCAGAGGGACUGUCAGCCUGGGCUGUGCUGCGCCUUCCAGAGAGGUCUGCUGUUUCCUGUGUGCACACCCCUGCCUGUGGAGGGUGAGCUGUGCCAUGACCCCGCCAGCCGGCUUCUGGACCUCAUCACCUGGGAGUUAGAGCCUGACGGAGCUUUGGACCGAUGCCCGUGUGCCAGUGGCCUUCUCUGCCAGCCCCACAGCCACAGCCUGGUGUAUGUGUGCAAGCCGGCCUUCCCUGGGGGCCGAGCUGAAGAUGGAGAGAGCCUGGGGCCCAGGGAGGCCCCCGACGAGUACGAGGAUGGCAGCUUCAUUGAAGAGGUGCGCCAGGAGCUGGAGAACCUGGAGAGGAGCCUGUCUGUGGAAAUGGCACUCGGGGAGCCCGGUGCUGCCUCUGAGCUGCUGGAAGGAGAAGAGAUUUAGAUGGAGGCCUGUUCUGCGGGUAGACAUGCGAUAGAAAUAGCUAAUUUAUUUCCCCAGCUGUGUCCUCUAGGUGUGGGCUUACCGGACUUUUUUCCAUGGCCUCUUCCCAGUACAUUUUCCCUCUGGCUUAAAACAAAACGAGGUGCUGUGCAUUUGUCCAGCUCCCGCUGACUGUACACCAUCCAUCACAGUCCGGGUGCCUGGGUCAGGCGGGGGCGGGGGGGGGUGGCGGGGAGUGUGUGGGAGGGUGCAGGGCUGCUGCGCUGGUCGAUUCCUGGCCACUUGGUCUCUGGUGGCUGGCACCUGGCACGUUUCCUUUUUUCUACAUCACCUUGAGAAUUGGGGGAGGGGAGGAGCCAGAAAAGGAUGCAGAUGUCCCCAUGACAGGUUUUGGGGAAAUGUGGACUCAUACAUAUAGAGGAGUGCCCUGCUUUGCAAACAUGAGGCUGGCAAAAUGUAACAAAUGGAUUUUCCAUGUACUUCUUCCCACGGGCACAGGCAAGCUGUGCCUUCCGCUGCUGUGGGUGACAUGUUCCGCUCGCUCUGUGUCACAUGCAUCCCUGUCCUGUCAGCAGUGUUCCUUGGCUCCUAUGUCUGUCCGGGGGCAGCAGUUUCAUAGCCCGCACCACAGUCUGGCGAGGACAGUGGUGGUCUCCCCAUCUGUCAGCAUCUUGGAGUCUCAGAGACACCAAGUUGCUUGCCCGGGUCACACAGCGAGUGAAGACCAGAACAGGAUUGCUCCCAGGUGUGAUUCCAAGCCAUGCUUUCCCUACCCCUCCCCGCUAGCCCAGUGCCACCUAAAGUACCCUCUAAAAGGAGGCUGGAUGGGAAUUUUUCUUUUGAGGCAUAUCUGGAAUUGAGGUCAGUCUAGUUCACUUUAAGAUUAAACUUCUACUGUUAGACGUAGCAUUCUCCCUGGUGUGGGGGUGGGCCAUCAUCCCAGUGCAGAAGCAAAUGGUAUCGACACUCUACCCCUAUGGCAGUUGGUUAUGUUAGCGACUUGGAAGGUGCUUGGUUGGUGCAGUAUACUUCCACUUGCCUGAAACAGUACUUAAGUAAUUGUAGGGCCAGGAUUAUAAAUGAAAUUUACAAAAUCACUUACCAGCAACUGCAGACCAUUAUCAACCACAUGGAGAAAAUCAGACAAAGCAAGGCUUUAUGAAAUACGGCUGUACUAUCCAAACUGAGAGCACUGGGCUGCAUGCUAUUCCGUAAGCGAUAUUUGCAGGUGCCAUGGACUGUUUCCAUCAUGUAUUCAUCCAGAGUUAUUAAAUUUUAAAAUUGCACAUGAUUGUAUAAGCAUGCUUUGAGUUUUAAAUUAUGUAUAAACACCUAUGUUGCAUUUAAAAAUCAAGCAUAAAUCACUUAAAACUAC